GCCGAGGGGGUGGUGAUGUGGCCGAACAGCCUGGGCGGUACUUCCGGUUGCAGCGGGGGCGCCGGCGCCACCGAUCUCGGGGGCCUCGCCGCCUCCACCACCUCGGCCUCCGAUCUUUUCGGGCCCGCCGCAUUCGGCGCGUCCGCGGCCGGGCCCUACGGUGCCCUUAAAACCAACCCUUACGUCAGUGCCCUUGGUAUGCCACCGAUCGAGGCUCUUCACACCACCAUAGGCUACCCCGGUUGUACUCCUGCUGGUGAGUCCUACUACUGUAAUCCAAGAAAGCAACGAAGGGAACGAACGACGUUCACUCGGGCACAGUUGGACGUUCUCGAGGGACUUUUCUCGAAGACGAAAUACCCCGACAUUUUCAUGCGGGAGGAGGUGGCAAUGAAGAUCAAUCUCCCGGAAUCGAGAGUGCAGGUGUGGUUCAAAAACCGCAGAGCUAAAUGCAGGCAACAGCAGAAGCAGCAGCAACAGCAACAGGACAAGGCACCGAGGUCGAAGAAACCCUCGGGGAAUCCGACCAACAAUCCGCCCUCUGGAAAAAGUCCUUCGAUUGCUACCACGCCCACGCCUGCCGCCGCGGUGCCUGCCACAACACCCCUAAGCGGAGGUACAGGUGGUUCAGCAGCCAGCUCGCCAGCUCUUCUCCGGGAUUCCCCUCAGUACAAACCAGCGGGAAGCCUGCUUCUGGCAGCCAGUACGACCCCUCCGAGCUUAGGUGGAACGGUGUACAGUAGCGGCGGCAGCAGCAGUAGUAUUUGGAGCCCAGCUGUGACGGAAAGCGGCGGGGGAUUCCCGGGUGACCAUCAGAGGUUAGCGUGGACAACAACCAGUUCCCAGCAGCAGUGCUACCAAAACUAUUCUUCUUAUUACACCAACAUGGAUUAUCUGUCUCCCGCAACGCAUCAACUGAACGUUGUGGAUGGAGGAGGCAGCGGUUUGGACAAUUCGUGGAGCAAAACGAGGGACGAGAGCGCAUCGUCUUGGUUUUACAACAGCGCCGGUUGGGGCGAUCGAAAGUGAACCUAAGAGUCUCGCUGAUUGAUGCAAAACAUCAAGACUUUGGUACAUAUCAUCGACAAUAGAUAAACGAACUCUGUGUCGCUGAUUAAGCGACGUGAAACGCGGCCAAAGACAGUCUUCUUCGCGUUAAUAGACAUAUCGUUACAUUGCGAGCGUCGAGCUUCCGAAUUCUUCGUUGCGUGAUCAUCGGGUGCGAUAUCCAUUUUCUUGCGUUUGACGGAAUCACGUAGCGAAAUACUUUUCCUUAUUUGUUUCGGGGAUACAACUGCGAUCAGCGCGAUGUUUCGACGUGUUUCAAAGAGAAAAGUACCUAUUUUAUUUUUCAAUCAAACUAUAAAAACGUUGCUCGUUUCAGCCUUGAGAACUCUCGAUAACCCCGUUGUUUAAUAAUCACAAAUUUGUUUAUCACUUAUUUUGAUUUGCAGCGAAAUAGGUAAACACUCGACGCGUUUGAUUUAGUUUCCCUUCGUUUAUCGAAACGUGCAAUCUGAUUAGUUGUCGCGAAAUGUUCACUUAUUACUACACUAGUCAUCCCGAUGAAAAUAUUUCUGAAAGAUAAACGAUUUAAGACGGGAGCAGAAUAAAUUCGUGCAUUUCGCGUUACGUUGCUUCGUCUUUUUCCGUGUGAUACCGUUCGUAUUCGUUACGGUAAACGUUCGUUAUUGUCACGAAUUUCUUUUGUAAUUAAUACACUGUGAAGAAUCGAUCGUUCGCCAAGAGGGCAGGCGACUUAUUAAUACCACUGAUGUAUAUAAUAUAAAUAGUCCUGCGUCGUUCGGAGAAAUCAAUGUAGUUAGCUGGAAUUUGCAGGAAGCAACGAGAGAAACUGUAGAUCCUUUUUGCUAUCUUCGUUAAAAACAUCCCAGCAAAACUUAUGUACGUAUACACAGGGUGAUUCAAGAAUAAAUUAUCGCGAUUUGUGUUAUUUUAAGAGUAGGAAUAUAUAUUUUUCUUCCUGUGUUCUUGUAGCACCUAAGGUAUAGAACGAUGGAGAUUAAUUCCUGAAUCAUCCUGUAUACGAGGACAAGCUGAUCAUUUAUGUACAUAUGUACCAUUUUUCGGACGUAUCUUCUGAACUGGUAAAAUAUUCAAGAAAACACUUCGAUAUUUGUUUUAUCAAUUGUAACGGACAUUGAUUCGAUACCUUUGAGAAUUAUCCUUUCAUCGUAAUCCAAAUUACCAGGGUAUAGCUAUCGAAUUGAGGACUGUAUUCGAUCGGAACCGAAAAACGUCGAUUAAUCCUUUAUAUUUGUGGACCUGUACAUAGGAAAUACUCGCAUCCGUGCUCGGGAUGGGGUGUUUAGUUCCUCUUUUCAUCGAACGAAAUAAUCAUCGACAUCUCCACGGACGCGAAACUUUGAUUCAGCAUACGUAAUAGAAGAGACGAGGUGAAACAUCAAUAUGUAAAGUGAGAAAAAGUAUAUAGUAUAAAUGUAGGGAUGUAAGUAACGUGACUGUUUAGAUUGUUAUUAUAAAAUGCUAUCGAUAACGAUACUACGACUAUCGAGGGAGAGAACAACGACGACGUACGUGUCAUAAGAUAUAUGAAAUAAUAUAUUAAAUUUGAAUUGUAA